AUGCGCUGCACCACUUGUACCAGACCGAGCAAGGACCGCGUCGAGAAGGUCAACGUCUCCGGUGAAGAAUGCUCAACUCCCAAUUCCUACCACGGCCCUUGUCAAGGAUGCAGGGACAUCUCCGAAGUAGAUGUCCAAAUCGCACAGGCGACGGCCCUCUUGUUAAACCUCCGUCUCAAACGGUGCGACGCCAAACGUCGGCGAAACCAACACCACGACCGGCUUGUCCGCCGGCUCCCUGUAGAGGUCAUAUCCCGCAUCUUCGUCCAUUGUCUUCCUCCGCAAUCUCCUCUCUCUGGUGUCGGAUACUUGGGGUACCUCGAAUCCCGAUGCCCAAAACAGCGUACGCAGCAUCCUGGCCUAGUCGUGGCCGCCGUUUGCCAAAGCUGGCGACAAAUCGCAUUGGCGACGCCGCGUCUCUGGAGUGUAGCCGUCAUGAAAAUAGAAGAGAGUGACGUUGCGGCGCAGGCAGAGAUGACGGCGGAUUGGCUGGGGCGGUCGGGUGCCCUUCCCCUCUCGUUGGAAAUCCGCCAAAUAAAGCCUGACUCCUCCUCAAUAAGCUACAGUCGCCGCAUCCGGAAACCUAUCGACCUUACGCCGAUAUUCGAGGCUGUCAGUGCCCAUAUAUUGCGCUUGAAGAGGCUGGAAGUGCAGGUCGAUGCAGAGCUCCUCGACCUCCUGCGUGGCGAAGCCCCGAUGCUCCGCGAGCUUCACCUGGACCAGAAACCAUGCCAAAUCCCCAAAGGGUCCUUCUUCGCUCCAUCUCACCCAGCGCACUCAGGAUCAAAUUGGUCGGGAGUGACGUUCUUCGAAACUCUCUCGCUGUCGGUCGCUGAAGCUUUGCACCUUUUCGAGCAGACGCAGCAGUUGGUAGAGUGCAGGAUCGCCGAAGUCAAUGAUCCAUUCGUAGAGUUGCCAGACGAGACGCGACACAUCACCCUCCCGUAUCUAGAAACGCUUCUCCUCGACCAGGGACCCCUGAAGCAAAGUGGGCUUCUGAACCACUUGACCGCCCCCGUCCUGAAGACCCUCAAAACCGAGGCCCACCCGGACAGCAUCUCCCAGUUUAUUACACGUUCGAAAUGUGGACUCGAUCAACUUCUUAUCAAUGUCUUGGAUGGAACGCCUGAAGACCUUAUAGAGUUGUUCAAGACGACGCCAUAUCUCACCAACCUCAAGAUCAUGGAAGGCACCAUUGCGGAAAUGUUUUUCGAGCAUCUAGCCCCGACAUCGCUGAUGGGGGAUGGUCCCUCAGCAACCCCGGAGUUCUUGCCCCACCUCUGCGACGUCAGGUUGACUGGUGUCCCUUACUUCAAGUGGUCGUCCGUUCCCUGUAUUUUCUCAUCGAGAAAGGAGAACGGCGAUCUUGUUCCUCGCCCGUUGAAUUACCUGAGGCUCACACUCUCUUUCACGGACGAAGAUGGCGGAACCCCACGUAUCAUUCCUGAAGAUGUCAAAUCACGCCUCAAAGACCUUCGAGCACAGAGUAAACUGACGAUAUAUUCUGGAUAUUAUGAUAUCCUGCGCGAUUAA